AUGUCUUUGCAUAAUGUUAGCAGUUCUAUGGGCUGUUCUGCUAAAAUCAUUCAACGUUGGACUAUAGAUAAUUGGGAAAGAGAAGGGCCAACAGAUAGAUCUACAGCUUUGGAUGGGUCGAUGGAUGCUACUAUUUUUAUGCCAAAUGUAUUCCCCGCACUUAUUGGCUAUUUGUUCGUCAAUUUUUUUCUUGUUGCAAUUUGCAUAACAUUGGCCCUUCCAGCAGGGAUUUUUGUUCCUUCUUUUGUGAUUGGUGCUUGUGGGGGCAGAAUUAUUGGAGAAUUGAUGGUUGUUAUGUUUCCAGCGGGCAUUAGAGGUGUUGAUGGCCCCCAAAUUUAUCCUGGCUUGUAUGCUGUUGUGGGAGCAGCAGCCUACACAGGCGCAGUUACCCAUUCAUUGUCUAUUGCCGUUAUUGUUUGCGAAACUACUGGACAACUGAGUCCUUUAUUGCCUGUUUUAGUAGCCCUAAUGGUGGCUAAUGCUGUCAGCUCUUUUCUACAGCCUUCUAUUUACGAGUCAAUAAUAAACAUUCGAAAAUAUCCUCACUUGGCAGAAUUGCCCCCUUCACGUAUUAGUGUACACACACUUAAAGUUGAACAGAUAAUGGUUCGAGAUGUCGUUUUCAUUACAAAAUUAACUAGCUACAAAGAAUUGAGAGAAUUGCUUCUGGCUACGCCUCAUUUGAGAUCUUACCCUUUGGUUACUGACGAAGGUGAGAGAGGUGUUCCCUUCGGACUAUAG